AUGGUUAAAGAUGAUAACAAUGAUGUCGAAUUCAAAGAUAUAAAUAACUCUAGCAAUGGAGAAUCGGGUCAUAAUGGUAAUGUGGCAACAACAGCGAAAGUAGUCUAUGAUAUAAGUUCGAAUAUAGCAGAUUCACUUUCAAUUUCAAAUCGUAUAAAAAACAAAUGCCAAGAGUUAAUAUUAAAUAAAAAGAAUUUGGGCGUAAUUACACAGGAUGAAGAGUCAAAUAAUAUAAUUUCAACAUUACUGUCCUCUUUAGAAGUUGAUUUUAUGGAUAUUAGAAAAUCGAUGAGAGAUACCUAUUUAGAUUCCGAAUAUAACAAAGCAAAAACAAAUGAAGAAAAGGUCAAGUUAGAGGCACUUAAUUUAACCUAUCAAAAUAUUUUAUAUGAAAAAUAUCAUUUAGAAAAAGAAAUUAACUCAUUAAAAGAUUUCAACAUUGACCAAUUUAAACCAGAGUUACUACCAAUUGAAACAUAUAAUUCAAAAGUUCAAGAUAUUUCAUAUAAUACAACAUUUAAAUCAGAACCUAUCGACACAAAUGAUAUCGAAUUAAAUGAGCAUAAUAAGCUAGUUAAUAGAUUAAAUUUUGAAAUUUAUGAAAGAAAUAGAAUGAUUGAACAAUUUAAUAAAAUUCAAAGAGAUAAAAAAUUACUUUUAGGAUUAAACAAUACAAAACAAGAAUUCCUAUCUUCAUUAUCAAAGAAUCUAUCAGUAAUUUCGACAAAGAUAGCACCAGUUCAAAAUUCAUUAAUCAAAUCAAUUACAUCUAUUAAUAAUCCACCUCUAAUGUCAAAGAGAACCGCAUCAUUUAACUCUACAUUCGAACAAACAGUUUUUAAUUUACCAAAGCCACUAUAUGUACUUUAUUAUACUGUAAACUCAUUUUUACAAUCAAACAAAACAACCAAUAACAACGGAGCUAAAAGCCCCUCAUUAAGAAUCAAAGGGGAUAUGGAAAAGGCAAUUAAAUUUAACAAAGAGUAUGUAGAAAAACAAACACCAGAUAAUGAAACCAACGAAGAACAACCAAAUGAAGAAGAUCAAUAUUAUUAUAUUCACCCAUUAUCAGUUUUAUUGGACUACACCAUUUUAGAUACCAAAACAACUUUACAAUUUCGUUGGAACUGGUCAAAAAAUGUAGUACUUUGCAAAACCCUAGGCCAUUCAGAUUACUAUCUAUUCAAUAUAUUCCCAAAUGAUAAUGGCUUUUCAAAUUAUACAAAUGGAAUUGAUAUUCCACCCCUUUCAAUAUCUUCACAAUUUGCUUCACCAUUUACAUCCCCAACACCAUUAUCACCAAAACCAAUCAAUAAUAAUAGUACCAGUAAAAGAAAUAACUUUUUAGCACCAUCACCUUUACCACCUCUAUCACCACCUUCAUCUUUAGGUAAACCUUAUAAGUGGGUCCAAGUUUUAUGUGGUUUAUUACCAUGUAAAUUUAUUCAAAUUGAAUCAUCAAAUCAAAAAUUCGAAUCGACUGAUCAAUGGUCAAUAACUUCAGAAAUUAUGAAUUCAAUUUUUAAAAGACUUGAAACUAAAAUUUCAUUUGAAAAACAAAUUGGCUAUUUAAAAACACAAACUUUAUUAUAUCCAACCUUAAAUAUACAAUCCACUUUAUCAGUACCUUCUUCAUCAUCAUCCUCCUCUUCCUCAUCAUCAUCCAAAGCCUCAUCAUCAUCAUCAUCAUCAUCUGACAAAAGUAGUAGAGAUAAAGACAAAAGUAGAGAUGAUAAAAGAGAUAAAGUUAGUAUCAGCCAAAGCAAUAGUAGCAGUAGCAGUAACUUAUUUAUAAAUAAUGAUAAUAGCGAAUAUCCACCAAUUAAAUUCAUAUCAAUUCAAGUAGAAUCAUGCCCAAAUGAUUUAAUAGGGUCAGAUUUUAUUAAACUACUAUUUAAUAAUAGUAUUGUAGAUAUUGAUGUAUUGAUUAUUGUUCCAUACGACUAUCCAAUAGUUCCACCAACAUUCCAAAUCAACAGUUCAAAAUCAAAAGAUUAUAAAGAAACCCUUACCAACCAUAUUAUACUAUUACAAAAAGAACAAAUUCAACAGUUGGAGACCUACUUUAAUUCACAAUUUAUUUAUCAAAAUAGUCACUUAGAAUGCAAUAACGAAAUGUUCCGACAAAUGAUUAUCAGACUAAAAGAUAUUUUAGAAUUUUUAUCUAGCGACCCAAGAAUUAUAAAAUCAAAAUGUCAGAAUAGAUUUUCAAAAGGUAAAUUAAGAUCAUUACCGCUCCAAUUCGAUUCAAAAACCUCACUUUGGAAACAUUAA